GCGGAAGGAGGCAGAGAGAGGACAGGCACAGAAGCGAAGCCAGAAAGAGUCUGAGGGAGUGCAGAGGGAGAGGGCAGAGAAGCUGCAGAAGACACAAGCAGGGAGAAACAAAGAUCCAGGAGAGGAGGGUGUGGGAGGAGAGUUUGGAGGAACCAGACCACUAGGCACCUCUCCUAAGCCUAAGGGCCAAGUUUUCUCCAUCUCUGAAGGUCCCCAGCCCCUCUGAAAACUCUGCCUCUGACCGUGGCAUGAGUCCAAGCCCCCAGGCUGCAGAGAGGAGCUUUCCAAAGCCAGGGCGGGGAAGACUUGGUGCCCAGACGGCCUCAGUCCCUCCCAGCUGCCGCACCAGUGCCAUGUCCCGGACGGACUUGCAUCUCGGGAGGGGCUUGGCGGAGUGCUGGCUGUGGAGAAUCCAGUCCCGCCUGCUGCUCCCCACCGUGCCCGUCUCCGGGCUGGUGCCGCUGCUUCUGCCGCUGCUGGCCUCCCUCCUGCCCUCAGCCCUGCCGGCCAGCCCCCUCCCCCGGGAGGAGGAGAUCGUGUUUCCAGAGAAGCUCAACGGCAGCGUCCUGCCCGGUCUGAGCGCCCCUGCCAGGCUGUUGUACCGCUUGCCGGCCUUUGGGGAGACGCUGCUACUAGAGCUGGAGCAGGACCCCGGUGUGCAGGUCGAGGGACUGACGGUGCAGUACCUGGGCCGGGCACCUGAGCUGCUGGGCGGGGCCGAGCCGGGCAUCUACCUCACUGGCACCAUCAAUGGAGAUCCGGAGUCAGUGGCAUCUCUGCACUGGGACGGGGGAGCUCUGCUGGGGGUGCUGCAGUAUCGGGGCACCGAGCUCCACAUCCAGCCCCUGGAGGGAGGCACCCCUAACUCUGCUGGGGGGCCUGGGGCUCACAUCCUACGCCGGAAGAGUCCUGCCAGCGGCCAGGGCCCCAUGUGCCACGUCAAGGCUCCUCCUGGGAGCCCCCGUCCCAGCCCCCGAAGAGCCAAGCGCUUUGCUUCACUGAGCAGGUUUGUGGAGACCCUGGUGGUGGCAGAUGACAAGAUGGUGGCAUUUCACGGUGCAGGGCUGAAGCGCUACCUGCUGACAGUGAUGGCAGCAGCGGCCAAGGCCUUCAAGCACCCAAGCAUCCGCAACCCCGUCAGCUUGGUGGUGACUCGGCUAGUGAUUCUGGGGCCAGGUGAGGAAGGGCCCCAGGUAGGGCCCAGUGCCGCCCAGACCCUGCGCAGCUUCUGUGCCUGGCAGCGAGGACUCAACACCCCCGAGGACUCGGACCCUGACCACUUUGACACAGCCAUUCUGUUUACCCGUCAGGACCUGUGUGGGGUCUCUACUUGUGACACACUCGGCAUGGCUGAUGUGGGCACUGUGUGCGACCCAGCUCGGAGCUGUGCUAUCGUGGAGGAUGAUGGGCUCCAGUCAGCCUUCACUGCUGCUCAUGAGCUGGGCCAUGUCUUCAACAUGCUCCAUGACAACUCAAAGCCAUGUGUUGGUCUGAAUGGACCUGGGAGCACCUCCCGCCAUGUCAUGGCUCCUGUGAUGGCUCACGUGGAUCCCGAGGAGCCCUGGUCUCCCUGCAGUGCCCGCUUCAUCACCGACUUCCUGGACAACGGCUAUGGGCACUGUCUCUUAGACAAGCCAGAGGCUCCCCUACAUCUCCCUGUGACUUUCCCUGGCAAGGACUAUGAUGCUGACCGCCAGUGCCAGCUGACCUUCGGGCCUGACUCACGCCAUUGUCCGCAGCUGCCUCCGCCCUGUGCUGCCCUCUGGUGCUCUGGCCAUCUCAAUGGCCACGCCAUGUGCCAGACCAAGCAUUCACCCUGGGCUGAUGGUACCCCCUGCGGGCCCACACAGGCUUGUAUGGGUGGCCGCUGCCUCCACAUGGACCAGCUCCGGGACUUCAAUAUCCCACAGGCUGGUGGCUGGGGUCCCUGGGGAUCAUGGGGUGACUGCUCUCGGAGCUGCGGGGGUGGUGUGCAGUUCUCUUCCCGGGACUGCACACGGCCCACACCCCGGAAUGGUGGCAAGUACUGUGAGGGUCGCCGUACCCGCUUCCGCUCCUGCAACACCCAGGACUGCCCAGCUGGCUCAGCAUUGACCUUCCGUGAAGAGCAGUGUGCUGCCUACAACCACCGCACUGACCUCUUUAAGAACUUCCCGGGGCCCAUGGACUGGGUUCCUCGCUACACGGGUGUGGCCCCCAAGGACCAGUGCAAACUCACCUGCCAGGCCCGGGCACUGGGCUACUACUAUGUGCUGGAGCCACGGGUCGUAGAUGGGACCCCCUGCUCCCCAGACAGCUCCUCGGUCUGUGUCCAGGGCCGCUGCAUCCAUGCUGGCUGUGACCAUGUCAUUGGCUCCAAAAAGAAGUUUGACAAGUGCAUGGUGUGCGGUGGGGAUGGUUCUAGCUGCAGCAAGAAGUCUGGCUCCUUCAGAAAAUUCAGGUACGGAUACAACGAUGUGGUCACCAUCCCCGCAGGGGCCACCCACAUCCUGGUCCGGCAGCAGGGGACCCCUGGUGUCCGGAGCCUCUACCUGGCCCUGAAGCUCCCGGAUGGCUCCUAUGCCCUCAAUGGUGAAUACACGCUGAUACCCUCCCCCACAGACGUGGUCCUACCCGGGGGAGUCAGCUUACGCUACAGCGGGGCCACUGCAGCCUCAGAGACACUGUCGGGCCACGGACCCCUGGCUCAGCCCUUAACGCUGCAGGUCCUGGUGGCUGGCAGCCCCCAGAACUCGCGCCUGCGAUACAGCUUCUUCGAGCCCCGGCCAGCCCCCUCAGCGCCACGCCCCACACCCCGGGACUGGCUGCACCGCAAGGCACAGAUUCUGGAGAUCCUCCGGCGGCGCUCCUGGGCAGGCAGGAAAUAACCUCACCGUCCCCGCUGCCCUUUGUGGGCACCGGGGCCUCGGACUUAGCUGGGAGAAUGAGGGGGCUCCGCAGCUGCCUCUAGCCGGGACACA